AAACUUCACUUCUACACACAUAGAUAAGAGAUCUGCUGGUCUUCAACAACUUGUGCUUAUAUAUAUUUAUAUACACACAUAUUAUAUAUAGAGAGAGAGAUCUGAAUUCCUCACGCUUUUGUUCACUAUCGAGCUUUUCUUCAUUUGUGUCUCAGUAGGCACAUCACAGAUCUCGCCAAUCCCUAGUAUCUUUCUUCAAUGGCUCAGCCUCUUGUGAAAAAGGACGACGAUCGCGAUGACGAAGCCGAGUACUCUCCAUUUCUUGGGAUCGAGAAAGGUGCGGUCCUUCAAGAAGCAAGGGUCUUCAAUGACCCUCAGCUUGACUCAAGGAGAUGUUCACAGGUCAUUACAAAGCUUCUGUAUCUUCUGAAUCAGGGGGAGACCUUUACGAAGACCGAAGCCACAGAAGUAUUCUUUUCUGUCACAAAGCUGUUUCAGUCAAGAGAUAUCGGUUUGAGGAGAAUGGUUUAUUUGAUGAUAAAGGAGCUCUCUCCCUCCGCAGAUGAGGUCAUUAUUGUCACAAGCUCCCUUAUGAAAGACAUGAAUAGCAAGACUGAUAUGUACCGGGCAAAUGCUAUCCGUGUUCUUUGUCGGAUCACCGAUGGAACGCUUCUCACACAAAUUGAGAGAUACUUGAAACAAGCCAUUGUUGACAAAAACCCCGUGGUUGCAAGUGCAGCCCUUGUUAGUGGAAUCCAUUUACUUCAGACAAACCCAGAGAUUGUGAAAAGGUGGAGUAAUGAGGUUCAAGAAGCUGUUCAGUCAAGGGCGGCACUUGUACAGUUCCAUGCUCUUGCCCUGCUCCAUCAGAUACGGCAAAAUGACCGAUUAGCUGUUAGCAAGCUAGUUACUAGCUUGACUAGGGGGACUGUCCGUUCGCCUUUGGCUCAAUGUCUCUUGAUUCGUUAUACUAGCCAGGUUAUCAGAGAAUCAAGUGCAAACAGCCAAACUGGGGACCGCCCAUUUUAUGAUUAUCUUGAGGGUUGUCUCCGCCAUAAAGCAGAAAUGGUUAUCUUUGAAGCAGCUAGGGCAAUUACGGAGUUGAGUGGAGUAACAAGUCGAGAACUGACUCCAGCUAUUACUGUUCUACAACUCUUCUUAAGUUCUUCGAAGCCAGUGCUUCGGUUUGCUGCAGUCCGCACUUUGAACAAGGUGGCCAUGACACAUCCAAUGGCUGUUACAAAUUGCAAUAUAGAUAUGGAGAGCUUGAUUUCUGACCAAAAUAGAAGCAUAGCCACUCUUGCGAUCACCACGCUGCUAAAAACUGGCAACGAGUCAAGUGUUGAUAGAUUGAUGAAACAAAUUACCAAUUUCAUGUCUGACAUUGCUGAUGAGUUCAAGAUUGUUGUUGUGGAAGCGAUUAGAUCGUUGUGUUUAAAGUUCCCCCUCAAGUACAGAUCUUUGAUGAAUUUCUUAAGCAAUAUUUUGAGGGAAGAAGGUGGAUUUGAGUACAAAAAGGCAAUUGUUGAUUCAAUUGUGAUCCUUAUAAGGGACAUCCCAGAUGCGAAAGAAAGUGGGUUGCUUCACCUAUGUGAAUUCAUUGAGGAUUGUGAAUUCACUUAUCUUUCAACACAGAUUCUUCAUUUUCUUGGAAUUGAGGGGCCUAAGACCUCAGAUCCCAGCAAAUAUAUACGGUACAUUUACAAUCGAGUAAUACUUGAAAAUGCAACUGUGCGAGCCAGUGCUGUGAGCACAUUGGCGAAGUUUGGUGCUAUGGUUGAUUUGCUGAAGCCCCGUAUCUUUAUUUUGUUGAGACGCUGUCUAUUUGACAGUGAUGAUGAGGUUCGCGAUAGGGCUACGCUGUAUCUGAAUACUCUUGGAGGUGAUGGCUCAGUUGUUGAAACUGAUAAAGAUGUGAAAGACUUCCUCUUUGGGUCGCUGGAUAUUCCACUGGUCAACCUGGAGACGAGUUUGAAGAACUAUAUACAAGAGCCUUCAGAAAAUCCUUUUGAUAUUGACUCUGUACCUAAGGAGGUUAAGUCUCAGCCACUUGCCGAGAAGAAAGCUCCUGGUAAAAAGCCAACUGGCUUGGGUGCACCUCCGACAGCCCCCGCAUCCACAGUUGAUGCUUAUGAGAAGCUGCUGUCCUCUAUCCCCGAGUUCGCAAACUAUGGGAAGCUUUUCAAGUCCUCGGCACCCGUGGAGCUUACAGAAGCUGAAACAGAAUAUGCAGUUAAUGCUGUCAAACACAUUUUUGAUAGCCAUGUUGUCUUCCAGUACAACUGCACCAAUACAAUUCCUGAGCAAUUACUGGAAAAUGUCACUGUUAUUGUGGAUGCUUCAGAAGCUGAGGAAUUUUCUGAAGCAGCAACCAAGCCUUUGAGAUCCCUUCCGUAUGACUCACCUGGACAGACAUUUGUGGUAUUUGAGAAACCUGAUGGAGUUCCAGCUGUUGGAAAAUUCUCCAACAUGUUGAAGUUCAUUGUUAAAGAGGUUGAUCCUACAACUGGUGAGGCUGAGGAAGAUGGUGUAGAAGACGAGUACCAGCUGGAGGACCUUGAGGUUGUUGCAGCUGAUUACAUUUUAAAAGUUGGAGUCUCUAAUUUCAGGAAUGCUUGGGAAAGCAUGGGCCCAGAUUUUGAGCGGGUAGAUGAGUAUGGUCUUGGUCCUAGGGAAAGCUUGGCAGAAGCUGUGAGUGCUGUCAUAGGUCUUCUUGGCAUGCAACCCUGUGAGGGCACAGAGGUGGUUCCGGCCAAUUCUAGAUCACACACAUGUUUAUUAUCCGGUGUAUUCAUAGGCAAUGUAAAGGUGCUUGUUCGGUUGUCAUUUGGUAUUGAUGGACCAAAAGAGGUUGCAAUGAAACUGGCUGUUAGAUCUGAAGAUGAAUCUGUCAGUGAUGCCAUUCACGAAAUUGUAGCAAGCGGCUAGGUCAAUACAUACGAGAAUGAUGCAUUCAAAAUUUUUUUUUUUGCUUGUCUCCUUUCCAUUUGUGAAUGAGAUGUGAGAUGUAAGGCUUCAAAUAGACUCGUUAGCUGGGAUAUUGGCGUGCUGAGGGGAUUCGUUUACUAUAUAGAUCAUCUUUUAUUUGAAAUGACUUAAAAGUGAAGCUUCCAUCAAAAGCGUGCUUUGUUUACGCAGAUCAUGUAUGUGGUUUAAAUUUGAAGCACAGAAGCAUGUAGUCUUUGGUAAUUAGUAUUGGCCGUGUGAAUUCGACAGGUUGGUCAUUUUUGUUUUCAUUUUGAGUUUUUUUGAUGCUGUAAGGAUGGCUUUACUUUUAAUUGCGAAUUGAAUAUUCUCACUCGUGUACGAGGAAGCAUAGGUGAUUUGGACAAUAAAAGUGUUUUGAUAAA